AAGACGAAAUUGGUCGGAAAAUUCUGUGAGCGGUUAAAAUAAAUAGCAACAACAGGCAUGUGUUCAUGAUUGUCCGUUCGUUUCCUUCUACUUACCGACAACAACAACACAAAUUAAUCAUAAAUAGAAAAAUCUGUUGGAAUUCAAAAGCGUGCGUGUGUGUGUCUGUGUUUCUGAAUAUAAACAAAAAGAGCAAAAAACAGAAUAUUAGCUGAAAUAAAAACGACUACAAGACAAGUAAAUACAUUUUUAAUUUGUAGUUUAUUUCGGGCAAAACAACAAAAUUUAAGGAAAAACAAAAAAAUAUAUAUUUUGUACGUUCUCUCAGCUGCUUAUUUAAGGUUCAAGGAAACAGACGUUAAGAUGAAACUGUCAUUUUCAAUUGCUGUCUGGAAAUACGCUCUACUAACCUUGAAUGUUCUAGUUUCGGUCUUAGGUGUAAUACUCAUAUCAGUCGGUGUGGUGACAUUGGGUGGUGCCGGUUCUCCAUUGGGUGCAUAUUUAGCCACUGGUUUAGGCUCCAUAGUCCUGACACUAUGCUCCCUGGGAUGUUUUGCAGCUUUGCGUGAGUCAUACGCUUUAUCGAUGGCAUAUUUGGGUUUUGGUGCAUUUACUGUGGUCUGCGAGACAAUUUACAUGAUUAGUUUUGCAGCAAUGAAGAGUGACUACAUUGAUAUGACCAGACAACGAGUGCAAGAUACUUGGGAGUUGGAACUAAGCUCUCCCGGUGCCAUGUUUAGUAUUCAAACACAAUAUGAGUGUUGUGGCAAAGAUAGCCCUCAGGAUUAUAUUAAGGAUAAUAAAUUGCCUUCCAGCUGUUGCAUCUUAAAGGACUGUUCCAGUGACAAUAAUAUCUUCACGAAAGGUUGUGAAAAUAUGGCUGUGAAAUUCAUUGACUGCCAAAGUGAUAAUCUUAUCUUGACCCUUGUCGGUCUAGUAGCUUUAGAGGCUCUUGCAAUGAUAUCUUCAUACUAUUUAGCUAAAAGUUUAGAGGCGCGUGGUGUGAAGAGUGAACAAAUUGUGAUUUCAGAGUAAUUACUUAGUUGCUGUUGUUGUUACUCGUACAAUAAAAACAAAUCAAACAAAAAUGUAGAUCGAUCAAUUGAAAGUUAACUCGUUAAAUUUGUUAAUUUUAAUAAUGUUAAUUGAAUAAAGUCUUUUAUACUAUAUUCUUGUUAUAAAAGAGUAAUACAGUUAUUUUGUCAAAAUUAAUUACUAGAUAAUGAUGUGCCGAUAUCAAUCAAUUAAAUAUUUUUGUUUUAACCUUUUUAAAUGCCAAUAAUUUUUACAAUACCAAAUUAAAAAUGUAAUAAAUUAAAAUAAAAACAAAAACAGAAACAAUGAAA